UAAAAUCGGAUGGUGUACUCCAUCCAAGCUGCAUUGUAAAUGAAUGCCUUGUGGAGCACUGCCCAUGCGCAGAGUCCCCAGCGGCGGCGUGGCUAAUGAAGAAUAAUAAAUCAUGAAAAAGGAUUUUCAGGUACAGACGCGAGACUGUGAGAGCAGAGAGAGAACUAGGGAGAGAGAGGGAGAGCUUAGCUGAAGAGAGAGAUAGAAAAAGGGAGGGAGGGGAAAGAGAGAGAGAGAGAGAGAGAGAGAGAGAGAGAGAGAGGCAGUCUGCCCUUCGCCUUUAGAGCAGAGGCAGAUCGAGUCCCUGCAGCAUUGAAUGUAGCUGAAGCGCCGCGACCGUCACGGUUUUCCUCAUCAUCAAACUCAACAUCUCCACGGCAGACGCGGAAUAAAGGUCGAGAAUUAUCAUCCCUGUUGGUGUUGCCUUUUAUCAGGAGCGACUGGAGAUCUCCAAGAAGAGGAAAGGAACAAAACAAAACUUUUAUUUCUCGUGUUUUUCCCACUUUUUACGUUCCAAGACGUAAAGGAACUCGAUUUUUUUUUACCUUAAAAAAAGCGGAAAAAAGAAAAACUAAAACAAUCAACCUGAGGAAGCAACAGAAGAGCUUGUAUGGCUUUGUCGGGCUGUUGGAGCUCGAUCAUCUCGAGCAAGGGAACCCGCACCGGCAGGUAAUAAACACAGUGGAUGUGUUGUGUCUAGAGACUUGGCUCAUCAUCAUCAUCACCAUCAUCAUCAUCCUCCUCCUCCUCCUCCUGCUCUUCCUCCUCCUCUUCGUCUUGGUCUUCCUCCUCUCCUCUCUUUUUUAAUCGCCACUCGUUCUCAGGCGCGCAGAGGCUUAAGAAGACCCCGGCUUCAGGGGGAAAGGGGGCUUGAACUGGUGAACUGCGGUGUAAUAAAAGUGGGAGAAGGAAGAAAAGAAGGAAAGUAUAAGGGAAGUAAGAAGGAAGGCGGAGUCAUAGUUUAGGGAAAAAAGAAGGGAAAAAAAAACCGCAACAUUGGAGACGAGGCUGGAUUGCCUCCACGAGAGUGUGAUGAUGAUGAUGAUGUCGCUGAAUGGCAAGCACGCCUUCGCCCUGCCACAUACUAGCUUGCCCGAGCCCAAGUACUCGGCGCUGCACGCGUCCUCCAUAGCCUCCACCUCUUCUUCCACCUCUCCACCGUCCUCAUCCUCGUCCUCCUCGGUGCCCUCGUCCUCGUGCUCGUCCACGCGCCUCAGCAGCAGUAUCAGCAGUAGCAGCGCCGGCGGCGCGAGCAGUUCCGAGGUGAUGCGCCGAGCGUGUCUUCCAACCCCACCGAGCAAUAUAUUCGGCGGCUUGGAUGAGAGUCUGCUGGCCCGCGCCGAAGCUCUGGCGGCGGUGGAUAUCGUCUCUCCGACCAAGAGCCACCACCACCAUCACCACCAGCACCAGCACCACCCUCCUCACCACAGCCCCUUCAAGCCGGACGCCACCUACCACACCAUGAACGCUCUCCCGUGCACCUCGUCGUCCGCCUCUUCGUCCUCAUCGUCCGUGCCCAUCACGCACCCGUCCGCCCUGGCAAGCGCCGGCCACCACCACCAUCACCACCACCACCACCACCACCAGCCUCACCAGGCACUGGAGGGCGAGCUGCUGGACCACCUGACACCGGGCGGCCUUGCCCUGGCCCCGGACGGCUCCAUGGUCUCGGCGGCGCCCUCGGCCCACAUGGCGGCCGGGGUGAGCCACAUGCAUCAGGCGGCGGCGGCCAUUGGCAUGGCUCACGCGGCACACGCGCACGCGCAUGGGCUGCCCUCACACGCGCACGCGCUCCCGCCACAUGCCGCGGGCUGCGUGAGCGACGUGGACGCCGACCCGAGGGACCUGGAGGCGUUCGCCGAGCGCUUCAAGCAGCGGCGCAUCAAGCUCGGCGUGACGCAGGCGGACGUCGGUGCGGCGCUGGCUAACCUCAAGAUCCCCGGCGUGGGUUCGCUCAGCCAAAGCACCAUCUGCCGCUUUGAGUCGCUCACGCUGUCACACAACAACAUGAUCGCGCUCAAGCCCAUCCUGCAUGCGUGGCUGGAGGAGGCCGAGAAGUCGCACCGCGAGAAGCUCAGCAAGCCAGAGCUCUUCAACGGAGCUGAGAAGAAGAGGAAGCGCACAUCUAUCGCUGCGCCCGAGAAGAGAUCCUUGGAGGCGUACUUCGCCAUCCAGCCGCGGCCCUCGUCGGAGAAAAUCGCGGCCAUCGCGGAAAAGCUGGACCUCAAAAAGAACGUGGUGCGCGUGUGGUUUUGCAACCAGAGGCAGAAACAGAAACGCAUGAAGUAUUCGGCUUGCGUGUGAGAAGCAAAAUCACGACGUUCUCCACACUACACAACAAAACAAAACAAAAAAGACACUCUUUAAAAGACGUAUUUGUGACAGAUUUCUUACCACACAC